AUGACCAAGCACCUAAUUCGCUUCGACAAUUAUGUGAAGCGGCAUCCGUCUCUCACUGCGGAAGAAUUUCGCCACACCUGGACUGCUAGUCACGCUCCGUUGUUGAAGAAUUGGUUGGCACGCCACGGCGUAUACCGCUAUACCCUUUUUCACACCCCACCAGUCAUGGCCCAGCAGUACCUGGGCCAGGGACCCGCCGACAGCGAUCAGGUAAUGGCAUCCUUUGACGGACACGCGGAGAUUGUGUUAGAAAACUGGGAAAUUCUGAGCCGCCUGCGUGCAGAUCCCUACUAUCAAGAGGUGCUAAAUUGA